GUCAGUCUGCAAGUAAUGCCGGAGAUCAUAUAAAAUGAACGAUUCACCACCACUCGUCACUCAUUCGUCAGUUUGAACUCAACACGGAUAACCGAGCAAUAUGCUUAAAUACGUGACAAUUGUGUGUGUGUUGGCCGCGCUGUGCUCUGCGGCGCCACAGCAGGACGUGCAAAUCCUGCGGUUCGACAACGACGUUAAUGUGGACGGAUACAGUUUUGCAUACGAAACCAGCGAUGGUACAUCAAGACAGGAAGAAGGUAAACUUGACAAUCCUCAAUCUGAAAACGCCGCCCUUACUGUUACCGGUCAAUAUGCUUUCGUUGCACCCGACGGCAAGCACUACACUGUCACAUUCACCGCAGGACCCAACGGCUACCAACCCAAGACAUCACUAGGACAAAAGAAAUAGAAACUUCGGCACUAAAAUCCAAUUGUAUAUAUCAAUUUAAUUAUCAAUCAAAAAGUUAAUGCUAAAUUUUCGAUUGCAGUAACACUUGUGACACAUAUAGUCAUCUCUCAUAUUCUCUUUGAAAAAACGGAGAUAGCAGUAUGUGUCAAUACAAAUGUAACAGCAGUCGAACCCCCACAGAUGAAAUAACUCAAAGAAAGCUCUCGAUCUCAGUUAUUUCUUAAUAACAUUGAGCACAUUAUCGGAGUUCUAACAUCUAAAUUGUGCCAUAAGACACGUUUUUAUACUUUUAUAUCUAUGCCUUAUAAAUAAAAAA